GCCGUCGCCCAUAGUGUGGACUGGCGUGUGUACAUUUUUCCACCGUGAAACUCGCACACAACCAAGAGACAUAGCGUAACUACAAGAUGCCUCCAAAAAAGGGAGGAGAUGGACCAAAACAGGCUCCCCUUAUUGGACGCUUUGGGACCUCUUUGAAAAUCGGAAUUGUUGGAUUACCAAAUGUAGGGAAGUCGACAUUUUUCAACGUGUUGACGAAGAGUCAGGCGGCCGCCGAAAAUUUCCCGUUCUGCACCAUUGACCCCAACGAGAGUCGCGUGCCCAUUCCAGACGAGCGUUUCGACUUCCUCUGUCAGUACCACAAACCCGCCAGUAAGGUACCUGCGUUUCUUAACGUAGUGGACAUCGCCGGGUUGGUCAAAGGUGCCCACGCGGGACAGGGACUGGGGAACGCUUUCCUCUCGCACAUCAGCGCCUGCGACGGCAUCUUCCACAUGACGCGAGCAUUUGAAGAUGAAGACAUUAUUCAUGUGGAGGGCUGUGUGGACCCAGUCAGGGACAUUGAGAUCAUUCAUGAAGAGCUGAGGUUGAAAGAUGAGGAGCUGAUUGGGCCAAUCAUAGACAAGCUGGAGAAAACCGCCGUCAGAGGCGGAGACAAGAAACUUAAACCCGAAUAUGACAUUAUGUGUAAGAUAAAGUCGUGGGUGGUCGACGAGAAGAAGCAUGUGCGAUAUAAUCACGAGUGGAACGACAAAGAGAUUGAGGUUCUGAAUAAGUAUCUGUUGCUGACGUCCAAGCCGAUGAUCUAUCUGGUGAACCUUUCAGAGAAAGAUUACAUCAGAAAAAAGAACAAAUGGCUGGUGAAGAUUAAGGAAUGGGUAGACGCUCAUGAUCCUGGCGCUCUGGUCAUUCCGUUCAGUGGGGGGCUGGAGAAUAAACUACAGGACAUGACGGACGAGGAGAGAGACAAGUAUUGUGAGGAGCACAAAACCCAGAGUGUGCUGACUAAGAUCAUAAAGAGCGGCUACGCGGCGCUGCAGCUUGAGUAUUUCUUCACAGCAGGACCUGAUGAAGUACGCGCAUGGACCAUCCGGAAAGGCACCAAGGCCCCACAGGCGGCAGGGAAGAUCCACACAGACUUUGAGAAAGGCUUCAUCAUGGCAGAGGUGAUGAAAUUCCAGGAUUUUAAAGAGGAAGGCAGCGAAAGUGCCGCCAAGGCCGCGGGGAAGUACAGGCAACAGGGGCGGAAUUACAUCGUGGAGGACGGUGACAUCAUCUUCUUCAAAUUCAACACGCCCAAUCAGCCAAAGAAAAAGUGAGAUCAUCAUCAUCAUCAUCAUCAUUAAACCCCGGUUGCGGAUUGGAUGGACUGUACCAAGUUCAGAAUGGGGAUUUUUUUUUUGUUGCUUCGGAUAUGAGGAGUAAUUGAGUUAUUCACGACUCUUCUUUACUUUUGGCUUUGGAACAUUCAGACCCACAUACACACAGACACGCACACACACACGCCAGAGUGUGUUUUGAGGCAAGAUCUGAAAGUCACCAAAAGUCUGGUCCUUUGGCGCACACAUGCUUCAUGGUUCACAACAAUUACAUGGCUGCAUUCAAUAAAACCCUUACCC